AUGCAAUUCAGUAAUGAAUUUGUUUUCUCAAGUGGUCAAUCAUAUGAAGCCGAUGGUGAAGAUAAUCUGAAAUCCUACCUUGAAGGGAUGAUCAAACCUCCCCACAUCAACAACUACCACAUCAUCAGUGCGAAGGUGACACCACCCAUUCCCUCACUACCGGAUCUUCAAACAAAAAAGAAGUCCAAGAAGACCGACAAGAAGUCCAAGAAGACUGACAAGAAGUCUAUCGAUAGCGAUGAAGACAAAGACAAUCAUCCGAAACCCGAAAGAAAUCAAUGUGAAACCAUGUCUGGCAAUGAAGCAUCUUCCUCUACCACUACUUCAACCAAUGAUUCAAAGCCUUUUGACCAAGUUAAUGCUCCUCAAACAUCAACACCAGAAGUUGCUUCAGAGCUCGAGUUUUGGAGGACGUUGCACAGUGCCUCGAUUGAUCCCGCAGUCAAUAUCCUUUCCCUCCCAGUGGGCGUGUACUUCAUGGGGAAUAGUGUCAAGAGAUCAUCAAUCUACGUGAGAGAUUGCUAUGUUGAGCUGAAAGAUCAAAUCUAUGCAGAAUUUGAUCAAUAUGAAGUUAAUUCAACUUCAACCCCAACCACAGACUCUAUGAAUGGAUUCGUUAUCACUGGCAAUCCAGGAACUGGUAAGUCCUGUUUCCUCUUCUACAUUAUGUAUCUCAUCGCACGGGUCAAGGGAACUAUGGUUGUUCACUCGAUUCACGCCAAGAAUGCCGAUUCAUACUAUCUCUACACUUACGUUGGUGGCAUUCCAGUUGUCAGACGUGGACCCAAGAGUGAUUUUAUCACUCUCCUUAGUCUCAGAUCAACUUUCUUUUUGGUAGACAGCAAAGAGGAGACAAAUGUCGCAGCUAAAACGAUCAUUGUUUCAUCGCCUGAUCCGAGGAUCAACAAACAUUUUCUGAAUAACGUUGGCACGACCCGCUGGUAUAUGCCACCUUGGUGCAAAUCCGAACUUGAUCACGUAAGACCAAUUUUAUACCCAAAUGUCACACAGAGAACAGAAUUAUCUCACCGAGAAGAUGAAGAAAGCUUCCAAGAUAUCCAAGCAAGUGAAGAAAGUCACCCAGUAUGCAUUGUUGAUUGA